CCAUCUCAUAGUUAAAAUAGAAAUAGAAGAAAUUAAAAGAAAAUGUAUAAGUUAGUAGUGUUCAGUUGUUUGGUGGCUCUCAGUUUUGGGGCUUCAUUAGAAAAUCGUAUCAUCGGUGGAGAAGAUGCAAAAGAUGGAGAAUAUCCUCACCAGAUCUCAUUGAGAUUCCAAAGCAGACACACAUGUGGAGGCUCAAUUUUGCAUUCAUUGUAUAUUUUGACGGCUGCACAUUGCGUUGAAGGAAGGGAUGAUGAUGUCACUAAAUUUACCGUUGUUGCUGGUUCGGUAUCGCUUACGAAAGGAGGUGAAGUACAUCAAGUAGACAAGAUUACUUAUCAUGACAAAUAUAGUCCAGAGACAAUGCACAACGAUAUUGCAGUAAUCAAGCUGAAAACACCAAUUACUUUCGAUAACAACAAAAAAACAAUAGCACUCCCUAAGGAAGACACCAUCGGAGGAGAAACUGUGCAACUAUCUGGCUGGGGAUUAACUGCGUACCCUGAUGGCGAGAUUCCGGAUAUUCUGAAGAAAAUGAUGGCUAUUACAUACGAAAACAGCAUUUGUGAAAAAUUUCAUGAAAAUGGGCCACUAAAGCCAAAAGCUUCAGGUGAUAUUAUCAAACCAGGAAUGCUGUGCGCUUAUCAUAAGCUCAACAUCGGAGCAUGCAGGGGUGAUUCUGGUGGUCCUCUUGUUGCCGAAGAAAAUGGAAAAUUGGUUCAAGUAGGAGUUGUAUCAUGGGCUUGGCAAUAUUGUGCUUUGGGAGUACCAGAUGUAUAUGCCCGAGUAUACUAUUAUUUGGAUUGGAUCCAUCAACAUACUGAUAAUGUUCUAUUGAACAACUCAGAAUAAAUUAAUUGAAAAAAUAGCAAAAUUUAUCA